AAUGAGCAGGUGGCGCUAUUUAAAAAUUCAAUGGCUACUUCGAGUAGCGAAGAGAGUAACUCAGCUCCUAUUGAUUUUAAUUUAUCUUCACUAACUGGUUCAAACAAUGGAAAAACCAGCAUCAUUUACGAAAAGUGUCCUCUUUGCCUUCGUUCUAGAAAAAUUUUCUACUGUCGCGAAUGUAUCGCUAAUGGCGAUAUCAUGCAUUCUAAAGCUAAAUAUCCUGAAAGCAAUGAAUCUAAUGAAAAAGCUAUCAGUGAAUUAGCUGAAGCAAAACAAACUAAUUAUGUUAAAGGGCAUUGGGUAUCUGCGCAGAGUUCAAAUGUUUCAAACGAAUCCCAAUUUAGUAUUGUAGUAGAACCAUUUCUUCGUGGUGAUGGUGAUUACAGUGCAUAUCCAAAUUGGAUUAGAGAACAUAAAGAUUCACCUACAAUUGGAGAAAUUGAACAAAGAAACCCAGCUUAUAAUAUAAUUGCUGCAUUAACGUAUACAACACAAUUAGUUUCCAUUUUAUCUUACUAUCUAGAUAUACGUCUGCCAAAAAAUUUAAGUUAUAGUGAAUUCUGUGGUCAUGAAUUAUCUGAACAACAGUUUUUUCAUAAAGUGGCAAAGCUGAAUGCAAAUGUAGUUCAUCUUUGUCUUUCUCAGAAUGUUAAGCCUGAUCUAAUACAUCCAAAAGAAACAAUUUUAAAUUUAUUAUUAUUGUUGAAUCCAAAGAUAAGUGAUUUGGGAAGAUGUGGACCAAUAUCAAUUGAUGAAAAAUUAUUUACAUCAAUGAAUGGAUCAUUAUUGAAAGAUCUUAAUCUUAUUGAGGAAUUAGAUGAUUGUAAAAAUUCUGAUGAAGAAAAUGAAUGGGAGACUGUUCCAAAUGUAGCUGCAUCAGAAUUCUUUUAUCCACCGCCUACAACAAGUUAUGGCAGUUCUCCUGGAACUAAUUCUCAGUUACAGCCUAGUGGAACAACAAGUUUUGCUGGUGGACUUAUUUCUGCUGCAGCUUCUGUUGCUUCUUUUUGGAGGGCAGCAACAGGACAAAAAUAAAUAUAUCCUAGUCUUAUAAAUUUUAUACUUAAAAGCAUACUUGAGUAAAAAAAUCAUUUAUAUAUAUAGUCUUCCCUCCAUCUCCAGAAAUAACUGUGAUGAUUAUCUAAAUCUAACAAAUAUAAAGUGUAAAAUGUAAUUUUAAAUAGUGAAAGAUUAGUUCUUCAGAUAAAAGUAUUUCAGAUGAUGCUUAAAACAUUUUUUUCUUAAUUAAAAUAUUUUUUAAUAAUUAAAUUCUGAUAUAAAUAUUUUUUUGUUAUUGAUAUACUAUCAAUAAUAUUACAAACAUUAUUGUUAAAAUAUUCAUAAAUCAUAUAUUUUAUUAAUUAAAUUUUAUAAAAUAUUAUAAUAAUAGGUUCAUUUAUGAGUUGGAUUCUUAUUUAAAUGUAAUUUUAAUGUUUUAAGCAUUAGUAAUUUAAUACUGUAUUUUUUAUUCCUAUAAUUUUGU